AUGUCUAUUCAGCCCGGUGGUCGUCGGGUCGAACUAGUGAAAAACCCGGUAUUGGCAGAGACGUGGACUGUUGCAGACGACUGGAGCAAGGUAACGGUCAAGGUGAAGGAAGGUGUGCAGUUCCACCGAGGUUGGGGCGAGAUGACGGCAGAUGACUUGGUUUGGAGCUUCAACGACUUGAUUGCGCCGGAGAGCGUACACAACCAGUCGGGCGACUACGCCGCAGUCUUCGAGCACAUGCUGAAGAUCGAUGACUACACGGUCGAAGUUCCGCUCAAGGGACCUAACGUCGUUUGGAACCAGGCGUACUUCAAAACAACCAAUUUGCAGAGAACGCAACGGGACGUUCAGCAACGAGUGGCUUUCUUGAUGUGGAACGGUCGCGAACUGAGGCGAAUGAGAACGUAUCGAGAACUGCCCUUCAACAUGUCAAGGAUUCAUAUCCUAAGAACAUCGUUCGGUUGGAAUCGAACCCUGAACAUCACAUUCAACCGGCGUACAUGCCUUUCCUGA